GACAGUUGUCGAAGCGGUGUGCUCGUGGCUGGUAAAGAUGAGAUGUCAUGAGCUGUGACAGAUGAUUUUUUGAGGUCAGCCUCUCAAGGAGAGAUUCCCAAUGGACAACGCUGAAAAUGCGAUUUCCGGAGCCGGUCUUACUCCUCUUCGUCGCCCUCGUUGCGGGUUCAUCGAGUCCAUUCACGACGACAUUAACACCUUCCACUUGUCCUUUUCGCACAGUUAACUACAUUACUCACAGUCUCCCUCAGCAAUGUCUUGCGUCUGCUCGGAAGACGAACAACGCUUCCACAACUGUCGAAACCACCGCCUCUCCCAGUCUAGAUCUCGCGGUCCCUACGACUUCGGCAACUGACCAUUCCCACGAGACUUCUUCCCCACCGGUUCUGUCUCCUGUUCAUUCACCAUCCACCCUCAACUCUUCGGUUCAACCUGUGCAUACGCGGCCAGAACAGCCUGCUUCGGGUGGUUCCCAGACCGAAGUGCAUACUGUUUCGUCAGAUACAGGACACGAUGAGACCGAGGAAGAGUCUCCUCUCGAAGAAGGGAAAUUUCUCUCUUUCGAGGACUGGAAGAGGGAGAAUCUGAAGAAGUCGGGUCAGUCUGAACACAUUGGCAAGGGCUCUGGAAUGGAGGGCCGAGAGCCGAGGAAACGAGUCGCAUCUCUUCGAGACUCUCUAGAUUCUUUGGGGGACGACGCUGAAAUAGACUUGGAUUUCUCCGGUUUCGUUUCUGAUACUCUUGACCCCCCAAACCAAGGUCAGCCCAGAGCCCAGCAGGGGAUACGCGACGCCUCUGUCGAGAUUGAACCGGGGCGCGCCCCAAGAGCCGGUGUGAGGAGCAAAGAUGCCGGCACAACUUGCAAGGAACGGUUCAAUUAUGCCUCUUUUGACUGCGCGGCCAACGUUCUGAAGACCAAUCCCGAAGCCAAAAGCGCUUCUGCGGUGCUGGGAAAUAACAAGGACUCUUACAUGCUGAAUGAGUGCUCUGCUCAGAACAAGUUCUUGAUUCUCGAGCUGUGUGACGAUAUAUCGAUCGACACUAUUGUGCUGGCAAACUUUGAGUUCUUCAGCUCGACUUUCCAUACUUUUCGAGUAAGCGUAUCUGACAAGUACCCAGUCAAAGUCGACAAAUGGAAGACUCUAGGCACUUUUGAAGCUCGAAACACCCGUGAGGUCCAAGCAUUUUUGGUUGAGAAUCCGGUCAUCUGGGCGCGGUAUCUGCGCAUUGAGUUCCUCACCCAUUAUGGAAAUGAGUUCUACUGCCCCGUCAGCCUCGUCAGAGUUCAUGGGACGACGAUGCUGGAGGAGUACAAACACGAUCUUGAAUCAGUCCAAAUGGAGGAUGAAGGUAAAGCGGAGCAAGAAGGCGCCGGGAAUUCAGAAGAGGAUAGACUUCUACCGGAAGCAGUGGCCGAGCAGCUUCUGACCGAAACCGACGCUGUGGGAGAUUCCGUCCACACUGCUGACGCAACGACUGCAUCUGAUUCAUCCGGAGUGCGAGAUCCUGUCGUCAAUCAUACUCAAUAUCCCCUGGUCGAAGAUGGUCAACUCGCAGUGUCAACCUCUCCAGCGCUUUCGUAUCGAAUGCUCAAUGACUUGGGCGACAACAACGAUACGCUCAGCACGUGUAGGAUCACGAGAGACAAAGCUAGUACAACAUCCGAUGCUCCUGACCGACAGGAUGCCACUCAAUCGUCUGAUACAGGAGCUACAGAGCUUACUACCGAUGUACUGGUUUCCAGUUCCUUUGGAGGAAAUUACGUCACAUCGACGUCGAUGGACGGCUCAAUUACAACGUCCAAAUCCGAUUCCAUUGUCAACUCGACAGCUGUCGACGCUUCAUCCUUCCCACCUACCAGCAACAGUUCGAAAGUAUCCGCGUCCUCCACGCAGUCCUCUCAUCCAGCUCCAACGAUGCAAGAAUCCUUUUUCAAGUCUGUUCAGAAACGUCUGCAAAUGCUUGAAUCAAAUUCUUCACUGUCCCUUCAGUACAUAGAAGAUCAAUCUCGUGCCCUUCGAGAUGCAUUCCACAAAGUGGAACAAAGACAGCUGGCCAAAACAACCUCUUUCCUCGAACAUCUAAAUACCACGGUCCUCAAUGAGCUCAGAGAGUUCCGCCAACAAUACGACCAGUUAUGGCAGUCCACAGUCAUAGAGCUUGAGAUGCAGCGCGAGCGCUACCAACAGGAAAAUCUCGCCAUCAAUGCCCGGCUAGGCGUCCUUGCCGACGAAGUCAUCUUCCAGAAACGAAUGUCUUUUCUGCAAUUGAUUCUCAUCUUAAUCUGUCUUGGGUUGGUGUUGUUCUCCAAGGGCAAUCUGAACAGCUAUCUGGAGCUGCCACUGGUACAAAGUGUCUUGUCCAGAUCUCCGAGUACUCGAUUCUUGAAUGUCUCCAGCCCUGACACACCCUCACACAACUCUCCAGUCUCGAGAUCUGACUCGGCGAACGCAGUGCGAAGGCGUCUGGGCAUUUUAAAAGGCCACCGGCGUUUCCCUUCGGAGGACUCGGCUGACAACACAUUGAGUCCAACUGAUUUGUACUCGCCACCCACGCCUGUUAGCUUCGGGGAUCCUUCAUCGGACGGCGACGACAAAGAGGAUAGUAAUAAACUUGGAGAUCCCCAGUUCGACCCUAGCCUGAUCGAACGGCCUAGUACGAGUCCACCGGUGUUGACAGGGGCCGAAUUGCCUGGUGACUUAGAACCUAAUGCGGAGAUGAUUGACGAUUCCAUUGACAAUGUACUUCUCGGUUCAUCCAAUGACAAACAAACAAAGCCUCCUAUCCUCCUUGUCGAGGAUUCUACGCCUCCCCCUAAACAUCUGAAGUGGCAAUUGCCAGAGAGCUAGGGACAGUUUUGAGUCGACAUAGCGGAACAGACACACCCCAGCCAAUUCCUUCCGCGCCGACUUCAAUCGAGUCGGACCUGAUUUCUGGAGGCAAAUGGGCGGCUCGCGAAGGCGGUCCUCAAAGGAAUCAAGCCCACUUCAGUCUAGCUUAUACCGGUCGGGAGAUAUGCGCCCACCCGACAUGCAACCUUUCUUCGUUCCAACACCACCUAGCUCCCUACAGAAGCCCCAGAAGAAUGGGGAGAUACCUGCCAGAUUCUUGUGUAAGAACGAUAUAUUUAUGUUGCACUGGGAUUGAAACCUACUCGAUGGUGCACAUGAGAACACGUUCAGUAGGACAUUUUACCCAUUGGUGCAGAAAUAAAGCAAAGAGGAUGCUGAACAAGCAUAUGCUGCACAGCUUUGCGAUCUUGUGGUCGAGGCAAAUGAGGGCAAACAAAGGCCCUACAAUAAAAAGAGCCCAGAAGACGAAGAUUGUGCACGGAUAUGCAUCUGCCCCCUGCAAGGUGGGUUGGGGACGGUUGCUGUACUGGGUUGAAGUGGGUGUCGACUCCUGGGGCCAGUUAGCAUCUUAAUGGCGAGAAGUGAAUGCUCUUGUUAGGACUCACGUAUGGAACUCGAUCUGUGUUCGGACGCCUUCUUGCGGGCCUUUUCCGAGCAUCGUAACUGGACUUUGGCAAUUCAAAGUUGUGAAUCUUCCUGGUGAAUGCUUCUUCGUCCAUGUGGGCCUUUGGUUGCUUAGAACAUUUGAAAAGUUGGACUCUUG